AUGUCUCGCGUGCUACCGGCUCUGUUCAAAGGAGCGCCGAGGGCACGACCUCGUCAUUGCUCCUUUACGGCUAUCACUGCGAAUCCUACAAGAGGUCCUCGGCAUGGAUCCUCGUUCGCCGGCAGGACGCAGCUGGCAAAAUCGAAUAAGUUAAGGCAGGCCUUUGCAGAGAACCGGCCGAGUAUGGGCGUCUGGCAAAUGCUCCCGGGAGUCAACAUAUCCCGAGUGCUGGCACGGACUCCGGGUGUCGACUGGGUCAUGGUGGACUGCGAGCAUGGGCAAAUGACAGGUACCAGCUUCCCCAGCGAGUGGUUCGGCGUCUGCAGGAAAUAUGGUUCUAAUUGGUUCCUAGAUGCGGCCAUGCACGAGGCCGUCCCCGUCAUAGCAGCGACUGGGACAACUCCUGUUGUCAGAAUACCAGACUUCCAACCGUGGAUGAUCAAGCGCGCUCUUGACAGCGGAGCCCAUGGAGAUCAGAUUCUCGUCCCACUGAUCCGUACGGUAGAAGAAGUAAGGUCGGUUGUGAGAUCGUGCAAGUUCCCGCCGGAAGGCAACCGGGGCUUUGGCUCGCCACUUUCAAUGGAAAACUUCAGUCCGGUUCCGUCUCUGACCGAGUAUCUUGAACAAGCAAAUGACGCCUUGCUGGUCAUGGUCCAAAUCGAAACCAAAGAGGCCCUCGAGGCCGUCGAUGAGAUCGCACUACUCGUCGACGUGCUCUUCAUUGGUCCCUUUGACCUGGGCAACAACAUUGGCCACCCCAUUAUCAAUGGAGUGAUCGAAGCGGAGCUCGACGCCGCCAUCAAGAGGGUGUUGGAAGCUGGAAACCGAGCUGGCAAGAAGUGCGGCAUCUACUGUACCAGCGCCGAGAUGGCCAGAAAAUAUGCCGAAAUGGGUUUCUCAAUGAUGAGCGCAGCAGCGGACUAUACUGGUCUCCAGCAGCACAUGGCGGAGACGUUGGCGAUUGCUCACGGCAAAGCGCAGCCGCAAAAAGGCCAGUCCUACUGA